CAGGCUUCGUUCCACUUUCUCCACUGGUCUUCCACCUAAUUCCCACCAAAUUCAUUUCCCAAGCACUGAAUUUUACCUCAGCCCCUGCUCUCGUCUCAGUCGUUCAGUUUGCGUCCCGCCUCGUCGUUCCGAGCAUUCCCUCCCGUCGCGUUACCUCACGUCAAUCAGUCGUUGCUUCUCAGUCGUUCAGUCGGCAGAUAUGGCUCUGGUGGCUGCGACGUCGGCUCCUGUCUCCGCUUCAGCCGGAGCGUUGGUUCAGCGUGCGUCGAACAGACGGGAUUCGAGCACGUUUGCGUCGUCGCUGUUCCCAAGCAGCAGAAAGAGCUUGGAAUCCAACGCUGUCUUUUCCCAGCAACGUCAAAAUGCAGCUGUGAACAAGGCCCUCACGGUACGAGCGAAUGCAGGGGAUGCGGCAGCGGCGCAGACAGCGGCGGCGACGUCGCUCAUGAUGGAGGUGGACAAGGACUCCUUCUACCCCGAGCUCGAGAAAGCGGCGGCCGCUGACAAGCUUGUCGUGCUCGAUAUGUACACCCAGUGGUGCGGGCCGUGCAAGCUGCUGGCGCCCAAGGUGGAGGCCCUGGCGGAGGAGAUGCCGGACGUGGUGUUCAUGAAGCUGGACUGCAACCAGAACAACAAGCCUCUGGCGAAGGGCCUGGGCGUGCGGUCGGUGCCGACGUUCAAGCUGUUCCGCAACCUGGCUCAGGUCGACGAGGUCCAGGGCGCCAAGUACGACCUGCUGGUUGAGAAGAUCACCAAGCACCGGUGAUGAGGGGACAUGCGGCAGGGAGAGAUCAGCAGCAGUGCCAGGGAGCAGCAGUGCUAGGGAGCAGCAGCGUCAGGGUGCUGCUAUUUGACGAGGUGCGGGGCGCCAAGUACAACCUGCCGGCUGAGAAGACCACCAAGCACCGAUGUUGCUGAUGCUUGCGGUGCUGAUGCCGGUGGUGGUGCUGCUGGUGUCCAUCAUGAGUACUGGCCAAGUUAUUGGACUGGGAACUUGUGUGUACAUUGCUCUUGAAAAUUGGAAGGAAUAAUGGGUUUGUGCCUGAACUGAAGCAAUUGUGACGUCAUGUCACAGCAUUCCAUAAUCUCCAGCAUCACACUCACUGCCACGGUGCUUCUCACUUCCCGU